UAAAGAAAAGAGUUCGUGGGAUAUCAACACUGUGAAAUUGUAUCAGCAGUUUCGAUAAGAGGCCUAAGCUUAUCAGGAUAUUGAAGUGCACCUGGGAAAUUGUUAGAGGAAUUAGCUGGGCAGGGAAAUAACUGCAUUCCGCAAUCGCAAAUAAGUCACCCAAUCACUCACACACGCAUGUGUCUGUACUUGGGAGUCGUGGAGCACCUGCUGGAUGUGGUGGCCUACUGCAUGUGUCGAGUCCUGGAGCUGUCCCUGUUCACCUGCAUGAUGGUCUGUGGAUCCCUGAAGGCCAAACUGACCCACGGACCCACCAACGCACUGGAGCAAUGACCAGGACCCUACGAGAGCUGCUAAAAUGGAUGCGCCGAGUGCAUGUGUGUGUGCGUGUUUUCGUUCAACUAAAAUUUAAUAAAGGAAGUUUUUCUAGUGGCGAAUAAAUUACAACUUAUAUGUGUGUGUAAA